GUAUAACUUCCCUAAAAAACCAAAACACAAAGCGACAAGCUGACAGUGAGUAGUGCAGUAGUUUAUAGUGCAGUUUUGGAGUCUCUGAAUGUCCCCUUAACCCCCCUUGCGACGGUAAAACAGAGGAAUGCCAACAGGAAGGGAAGAAACUGCUGCUUUCUGGAGGAACUUAGAAGUGAGGGGAAGAAGUCGUCGCUCAACCACAACAGAAAGUGAAGUAUGGGCAGUGAGUACCGGCCACUGUCCUCAGCACAGUCAUGCAGUUUAUUCAUCGAGACGUCAGAGUGCUUCAUAUGCAGGGAUGUUGAACUUCAAGCCGGCGACCCGCUGAGGCAUUUCUGCGACUGCAAGAAUUUACUUGCCCACCACGUGUGUCUGUCCACGUGGAUCCAGAAGGGAUGUGGGAGUGAAAACAAUCUGCGCUGCAUCAUCUGCAAAGCCAAGUACCAGCUCCAGAGGACCUCUCCGUGGCGCUCGGUGAGCAUCCAGUGGCAAACGUGGCUGGUGCUGAUCACCGCCUUGGUGUUGCUGUUUCUGGGGCCUUACGUAGUUCACUGCAUGAUGACGGCCUUCAGCGACCCCCCGCCGCCCAUCACCUUCAAAGUGGCCGCAGCCUCUUAUGGACUGCUGACAGAAAUCCUGCUGAUCAAGUGUCUGUACAGCUACCUCAGCGGCCGCUACCGGCUGGCCGAGCAGAGCUCCUUCACGGUCCGGGCCAGAGGCUCUGAAGAGGACCGAAGGAGUCCGGCCCGCUGGGAUCGGUCCGAGGCCUCGGCAGCGGCAGGUCACGCUCCAUCGGAGGCGAAAGUGGACGAAAGGACGGAGGGGACGUCUUCGUCUCAGCUUCUCUUCUGAAAACCAGGAACUGAAGGAGUUCACAUGGCUUUCUGCUCUUCAGUUGGAGUCCGUACGCCCACCCGAAGAUGAUGACGCUGGUGACGUCGUCUAAAUUGCCCCGAUGACAUCAUCUGGGCUGUUUGCUCCCCGAGAACCACAGAAGACCUUUUUUACAUAUGUUUUCACAGGAGUUCCUCUUUGAUGUUGUCAAUAAAUGCUCCUAUAUGAACACAGAAAUGCAAUAGGACAUAUAUAACGUAUAAAUAACUAAAUGUUUUGUUACUGUAAACAAUUAUUGAACUAUUGUGCUGUUAAUGAAACUUUUCCAUGUGGAGAAUUAAAAAAUGGAGGCGAGCCUCUCGAUCUGA